UACAAUUUUAUUACAUUUUCAAAAAAAGAAAAAAAAAUGGAGGCCUUCGACAGACCCAACCUUACAGACACUGACGUUAUUGUGUAUGUACAUAAUAUAGCGUCGUUAAGUUUACGUACAUUUAUUUCAGAGCUAAUACGUAUCUUAUUGAAUACGUCUCAAUAAUUUACAAUUAUUUCAUUAGAAAUGAAUUUGACACCGAAAAGUUUCAAAGAAAGACGUCCCUUUGGAUUUUCCUAAAGAUCAGGAUCAAGCUGAUAUCAGAUAUUAAUGAGGUUUAAUUAAUACGUCUUUACGUGAUGCCAUAAAUGUGGUAGAAACAAAAGACCAGUUUUGGGAAUGCAUACCAAAUAUAUCUACUGUUAUUUCUGCAAGAACAGGAAUAUUCGAAAGGCAACAAGAGUAGCCGAUGUGGAAACUAUUAAAAAGAGACAUCCAGAUAAAAUUCCUAUAGUGGUAGAACGAUUUCCAGGAGAAAAGCAAUUACCAACUUUGGAUAACACCAAAUUUUUGGUACCCGAUUACUUAUCAGUGGCAGAAUUAAUAAAAAUUUUAAGACUUAAACUACACCUAAAUCCAACACAGUCAUUUUAUCUAUUGACGAAUAGUAGAAGUUUGGUAAGUGGUAGCAUGACUAUGUUGCAACUGUACCAAAGGGAACAGGAUGAGGAUGGAUACCUGUACAUCUUAUUCGCCAGUCAAGAAGUAUUUGGUCAUUAGUUAACGCAAUAAUUUAAUUACAAGUAAAUAUGAUAAUGUUUUAGAUAAAAAACAAAAAAAAAACAAGUUAAACGCGAUUCAAUCUAUACGCAUAUAUCGAAUAUUUUCACAAAAUAUUAGAUUUUAAUCAUAGAUCUGCUACUACAUGUUUGCCUUUAAACCGAACGCGCAGAACCCUGUGAUCAACUCGCAGUACCUGUCAAAAUAUUAACCAGAAUAAUCGUAUUUGAAAUUUGCAUCUGAAAUCAUCAUGGUGCUUGGAAUUUUUUGUGACUAAAUCCAUAGUAUUCGAAUUCGAAUUAAUAUUUAGGAUGAAUUUAGUUUAUUACCGAUCGUCUCGGUUGAUGCUAUUACUCUCUAUUGAAACACGCUUAACAGUGAUAAUAUAAUUACAAAUAAUACUUUAAAUAUAUAUAUAUAUAUAUAUUAAGGAACAUAUAAUUAUUCGAAUUUUAUGCAAUACGAUAAUUCCUUAGAUUCUGUAUCGUCUAAUUAGAAUCCACAAACUUAUAAUUUGCAUUCGACAUAAUGCAAAUUUAGUAACACUAUAUGAAUUAUUUGUACAAUAUAUUAAACAGUGUGAUACAUACUUUCAACGUUAUAUAUGGGUCAUACAUAAAUGCAAAUGAAAUGAAAUAUUAUUUUUUUUCAUAUGUUAAUCGAUAUUUAUAUAUAUGCAUACGUAUCUUAUAUGCAGUGGACUCUUGUAUUAGGUAAUUAUUAUGAUUUUAAUUGUAAUGAAAAUGUCAGUCAGUUUUUAUCGAAGUUAGAUAACUUUAAGUUUGCUUUUAUUCAUAGAACGAGCAUAGAUAUAUGCUGUGAAAUCAUUUCUGUGGUAUAUUCAUCAUAUCGUUACCGAUUAAUAUACUUAUUCAGAAAUUCUGCAAUAUUCGUGGAAGUGUUCAUGUACAUAAUAUAUCUAUACAUACAUACUUACAAUGUGAUCUAUAUCGGAUAUUUAGUCCAAGAGCCUCUGUAUUCUUAUUUCGAGUUCGGCUUUGAAAGCACUUUCCAUAUUUACAUCCGUCGAUCGAAAUGGUGCUUUUAACGCGCAGAGCAAUGUUCGAAUAGUGGCCUUAGAAUCUAAAUUAAGACUGGGCAUAUAAAAUAUGAAUUUCUUUAUCUCUUUAAUAAUUCUUUUAAAUAUAUACAGUUAAUCGCGCCGAUUGAAACAUAAGGUCUUGGACAAUCUUCCAAACUGCAAUUUAUCAUUCUUAUGAUUAUUGUAAAUCGACUAAAAAGAUAAGAGUACCUGUUAAAAAGAAAGAAAAAAAAAGAAGAGAAAGAAGAAUUGUAAAAAUAACUUUGAUUAUAUAUACAUUGAAUGAUCUCUUGCAAUUUUGCAACAAAGCGAUUGACGGAAUAUAAAGGCAAUGCCAUUUGUCAUGUCGUUGGCAAUAUCUUCGUCUUAUAUAAUGGAACCAAUUUAGCACUACGAUUGUUAACAAAAAUUACGUUAUACAUACGUAUAUUAACUCGGAGUAUUCACUUUUUUAAUCGAAAAUAAUUCACAUUAUACGAAAAUUCAUUUUAGAAUAUUAAAGUUUUCGAAUUUUUUAUACGAAAAACAAAAAGAAAAUAAUAGUAUAAACUUAAAACGCACGAUCGAAAAUAUCACGUACAAAGUUGUAAUUCUAUAUAUCUACAAUUAAAUAUAGCAAUAAAAUAAUCGUUUAAUUACUUUAGUAAAUCAGACUUAAUUAUCAAAAUUUAUUUUUGGUUUAUAUCAUUUCCAUUAUAUGCAUAUUAAUAAGAGUGUACUCUACGCGAGUGUAAUAAAUAUUGUAUUAAAAUUUU